GACAAACCAUUAAAGAAAGUAUGAGCGAGUUCUUUACUCUGAGUGGAAGCUGCUGUUUUGAAGAUUCAUGGAGACAUCAAAACUAAUGAAGCUAGGUGGUACUUUGUUUGUACCUAGUGUUCAAGAAUUAGCCAAACAAUCACUUGCAGAAGUCCCAGCUCGAUAUAUACGCGAUGACCAUGACACAUUAGGUAAUAAUGUGACUGCUACGUCUAUGAUGGAUCAAUCAGUACCUGUUAUCAAUUUGCAGAAAGUACUGUCACCAGAACCCAUCAUCGGAGAGUUAGAAUUGGAGAGGCUUCACUCGGCUUGCAAAGAAUGGGGUUUCUUUCAGGUCGUAAACCAUGGAGUCGACAAUUUAUUGGUAGAGAAAGUGAAAUCAGAUAUUGAAGGUUUCUUCAAGCUACCAAUGGAAGAGAAAAAGAAAUUUUGGCAGGAAGAAGGAGACGGCCUGGAAGGAUUUGGACAAGCCUUUGUUCAUUCAGAAGACCAGAAACUGGAUUGGGGAGAUUUGUUCUACAUGGUCACUCUUCCCAAACAUAUGAGGAAGCCUAGGCUAUUUCCCAAACUCCCUCUACCUCUCAGGGAGACAAUCGAAUCCUACUCAUCAGAGUUGAGUAAACUUAGCUUGACUCUCAUUAAGUCUAUGGAGAAGGCUCUGCAAUUGAAGACUAACGUCAUGGCAGAGUUGUUUGAAGACGGGGUACAACAAAUGAGGAUAAAUUAUUAUCCUCCCUGCCCUCAACCGGAACAUGUCAUCGGCUUAACACCACAUUCAGAUGUUGGCGGUUUGACGAUCCUCCUACAACUCAACGAAGUGGAUGGAUUACAGAUUAAAAAGGAAAAAAUGUGGGUCCCCAUUAAACCUCUACCUAAUGCCUUUGUAGUGAACAUUGGAGAUGCUUUCGAGAUUAUGAGUAAUGGGAUUUACCGUAGCGUGGAGCACCGAGCAACAAUAAACUCAGCAAAGGAGAGGCUCUCAGUUGCGACAUUUCAUAUCCCAAGAGCAGAUGGGGAAAUAGGUCCAAUACCUUGCAUGAUCACACCAGAGACACCUGCCUUGUUUAGAACAACUGGGUGUGAGGACUAUUUCGAGAAAUUCUUUUCUCGUAAACUCGAGGGAAAAUCAUUCCUCGACUCCCUAAGGAUAGGAGAAGGCGAUGAACACUGCCCCCGCUUGGAUGUGAAAGGGCCAUGUAAUUGAAGUCAAAUUAAAAUCAACCCAUAUAAGCAAUGCACUUCUGAAUUUGGUUGUUAAUCUCCCUAAUCUGCAUUUAUCCUUUUGGGUGGGACUCAUAUAUAAGCAAUAGUACGUACAGCUGAAUUACAUGGAUCCAUUGUUCGAGCUAAUAUGCAAUUGGAGCACUAAUCAUAUAUUCAAUGGAUUCAAUUUUUCUGGUCUCA